AUGAUCGUGUCCGCCAGACACUUGCGCCCGGUGUCGAACAUCGUGCACCGGGUCAGCCCGCGCCUGACAGACCAGCAUUGUGCAGGUCUGAGCUCCCUGGAGGCGGAGGGUCUGAGCCUUCUGGAGGCGGCAGGUCUGAGCUCCCUGGAGGCGGCGGGACUGAGCUCCCUGGAGGCGGCGGGUCUGAGCUCCCUGGAGGCGGCAGGUCUGAGCUACCUGGAGGCGGCAGGUCUGAGCUCCCUGGAGGCGGCAGGUCUGAGCUCCCUGGAGGCGGCGGGUCUGAGCUCCCUGGAGGCGGCAGGUCUGAGCUCCCUGGAGGCGGCAGGUCUGAGCUCCCUGGAGGCGGCGGGACUGAGCUCCCUGGAGGCGGCAGGUCUGAGCUACCUGGAGGCGGCAGGUCUGAGAUCCCUGGAGGCGGCGGGUCUGAGCUCCCUGGAGGCGGCGGGUCUGAGCUACCUGGAGGCGGCAGGUCUGAGCUACCUGGAGGCGGCAGGUCUGAGCUCCCUGGAGGCGGCAGGUCUGAGCUCCCUGAAGGCGGCGGGACUGUGCUCCCUGGAGGCGGCAGGUCUGAGCUCCCUGGAGGCGGCAGGUCUGAGCUACCUGGAGGCGGCAGGUCUGAGCUCCCUGGAGGCGGCAGGUCUGAGCUACCUGGAGGCGGCAGGUCUGAGCUACCUGGAGGCGGCAGGUCUGAGCUCCCUGAAGGCGGCGGGACUGUGCUCCCUGGAGGCGGCAGGUCUGAGCUACCUGGAGGCGGCAGGUCUGAGCUCCCUGGAGGCGGCAGGUCUGAGCUCCCUGGAGGCGGCAGGUCUGAGCUACCUGGAGGCGGCAGGUCUGAGCUCCCUGGAGGCGGCAGGUCUGAGCUCCCUGAAGGCGGCGGGACUGUGCUCCCUGAAGGCGGCGGGUCUGAGCUCCCUGGAGGCGGCAGGUCUGAGCUCCCUGGAGGCGGCGGGUCUGAGCUCCCUGGAGGCGGCGGGUCUGAGCUCCCUGCAGGCGGCAGGUCUGAGCUCCCUGGAGGCGGUGGGACUGAGCUCCCUGGAGGCGGCAGGUCUGAGCUACCUGGAGGCGGCAGGUCUGAGCUCCCUGGAGGCGGCGGGAAUGAGCUCCCUGGAGGCGGCAGGUCUGAGCUCCCUGGAGGCGGCAGGUCUGAGCUCCCUGGAGGCGGCAGGUCUGAGCUCCCUGGAGGCGGCAGGUCUGAGCUCCCUGAAGGCGGCGGGACUGUGCUCCCUGGAGGCGGCAGGUCUGAGCUCCCUGGAGGCGGCAGGUCUGAGCUACCUGGAGGCGGCAGGUCUGAGCUCCCUGGAGGCGGCAGGUCUGAGCUACCUGGAGGCGGCAGGUCUGAGCUACCUGGAGGCGGCAGGUCUGAGCUCCCUGGAGGCGGCGGGACUGAGCUCCCUGGAGGCGGCAGGUCUGAGCUCCCUGGAGGCGGCGGGACUGUGCUCCCUGAAGGCGGCGGGUCUGAGCUCCCUGGAGGCGGCAGGUCGGAGCUCCCUGGAGGCGGCGGGACUGAGCUCCCUGGAGGCGGCAGGACUGAGCUCCCUGGAGGCGGCAGGUCUGAGCUCCCUGGAGGCGGCGGGACUGUGCUCCCUGAAGGUGGCGGGUCUGAGCUCCCUGGAGGCGGCAGGUAUGAGCUCCCUGGAGGCGGCGGGUCUGAGCUCCCUGGAGGCGGCGGGUCUGAGCUCCCUGCAGGCGGCAGGUCUGAGCUACCUGGAGGCGGCAGGUCUGAGCUCCCUGGAGGCGGCAGGUCUGAGCUCCCUGGAGGCGGCGGGUCUGAGCUCUCUGGAGGCGGCGGGUCUGAGCUCCCUGGAGCGGCGGGUCCACACAAGCAUGGCCGAGUAUAACAGUCACGCUCUGCAUGUAGAUGGACCAGGGCUUGAACUGGCUUGGCGCGACUCUGCCAAUCGUGUUUCUGAUCGUGUGACAUUUACUGCAGUUGGGCCACAGGGCUUGCAGGGUUCUUUACAGGUCAUCAGAACAACACAGCUAACCACCAGACUUUGA